ACCCUCGCGUGUAUCUUUUUCUCUGCCUCAAAUUAAAACCACAAAACAAAAUCCCAUAUCCCCAAAACCUGUCAACUCACAGAGAGUAUUGCUUUGACAUAUUCGCCCCAUAGCCACCCAGCCCUCGCUCUCUUCCAUCUCACUCACGCUCAACACAAACGAUGGAUAGGUAUCAGAGGGUGGAGAAACCCAAGGCAGAUAGCCCUAUCAACGAAAAUGAGAUCCGCAUUACUACUCAAGGAAGGAUGAGAAACUAUAUCACUUAUGCUACCACUCUUUUUCAAGAGAAAGGAACUGAAGAAAUCGUCCUCAAAGCAAUGGGACGUGCGAUAAAUAAGACUGUGACGAUUACUGAGCUGAUUAAGAGAAGGAUUGUUGGUCUGCAUCAGAACACUAUUAUUGGAUCAACUGAUAUAACUGACACAUGGGAACCACUUGAAGAAGGCCUUCUUCCUUUGGAAACUACUCGUCAUGUUUCAAUGAUCACAAUUACUUUGUCAAAGAAAGAGCUGGAUACAUCCUCCACAGGAUAUCAACCUCCUCUUCCGGCUGAUCAAGUAAAACCUUUAAAUGAAUAUGAAGAGGAAGGAGAAGGCUCGCCAAGGAUGCGAGGAAGGGGGCGUGGUCGUGGAAGGGGCAGGGGUAGAGGUAGAGGAAUGUACAAUGGGGGUAUGGAAUAUGGUGAUGGUUAUGAUGGUGGACGUGGCUAUGGUGGCAGAGGGCGUGGCCGUGCAUGGGGUCGUGCUUUCCGGGGACGAGGACGUGGCUAUGGUGCCCAGCCGGUUGGGUAUUAUGACAAUGGUGAAUAUGAUGCACCACCUGCCCCACGCGGCCAAGGUCGUGGAAGGGGAAGAGGGCGUGGACGUGGUCGUGAUGCUGGCCGUGUAGCAGCUGCUUAGUUAGAAGAGGGUUGCCCUGCAACUCUGCUUAUUUGUUUAUUUUAUUUGGGAUUAUUUGAGUCGUUCAGUGUUGCGGCCAUGUUCCUGCAGUUUUGAUUUUGUAGUUCUCUCCCUUGUAACAUCUAUAACAGAUUGAGUUAGAUAUAUUUCUUUUGUUUAGACUUUGGAAAAAAAAUUGAUUGUUGGUUUUCUUAUA